AUAUAAUUGCCUUGAGCAAUUUGGAAUUUCUGGAUCUCAGUAUGAACAAUUUUGAGAGCUUUGUGACUACCAAAGGUAGUAGAAGAAUGAGUGCUCUACGAAAUUUACAACUUGGAGAUUCAGAUUCAAACUCAACCAAAGUUGUAGAAUCCCUAAAAUCAUUCUCAUCUCUCAAAGAGCUUUCUUUUAUACAUAGUAAUCUCACUGCUUCUGCCACAACUUACGCAUUAAGAAAUAUGAGCACACUGGAGUACUUGUACUUGGAUGGAUCUUAUUUAAAUGAGAAUUUUCUCUCAAGCAUUGGACAAAUGACUUCUCUUAAAGUGUUGAAUAUGGCUUUUGGUGACCAUUAUGGCACCCUCCCUAAUCGAGGUAACCUUAUUUGUUCUUAUUGUUGACGAUCGCAUGUUAACUAGAACACAAUCACACACAAACCAAAUAGAAAAGAAGAUAGGGAAAAGACUCAAAUAUGCCACUGAACUAUCAGAAAUGGCUCAUUUAUGUCAUCCGUUAAAAGUUUGGCUCAUUUAUGACAUCGCCGUUAUAAAACCUGCUCAUCCAUGCCAUUACUUUUUAACAACCGGUUUUCAAAAACAGCUUUGCCACGUGGCAGCUUAUUAGAGGGCUACGUCAUUUUUCAUUUAUUUUUCAUUAUUUUUUAUUUAAAAAUAAAAAUAAAAAAAAUUGAUCCAUUAAAAAAAAUUCACGCAACUUUUUGAUCCAUUGAAAAUUAGUUUGAUCUAUGCUUUUAAAAUUUGAUUAAUUUUUCAUGAAUAUAUUCUUAAAACAUUCUCGUUCGAUUCGUUUUUUUAAUCAUUUUUGACAUAUUAAGAUUGUUUUCAUAUUUUACCUUUAAUAUUAAUUAUUUUUUUCUUCAAAUUAAUUUCAAAUACAAUAGUAAACAUCAUUUAAUAAAUAUAUUAUAAUAAAAUAGUUAUUUUAAUUGACUGGCGAAUAACUAAAAGGGAACAGAGAAAGUAUACACUCCACGCUUUUUAUCACUUUAUUAUUAUUUUUUUUAAAAGAUUCACGUUAACUAAAGAUUUUGUCAUUUUUCAGUUGAAACUGAAGGGAUAUAUAAACAUCAAAUAUUAUUAUUAUAUUAUUAAUAGUUAGCUUCUCAUUUUGCCAACUCCACGUAUACUAUAUAUGUUGUCGCCUUCCUGUUUUUGCUAUGAUAAAUGAUGAUGCAUAAAGUGUUACAUACAAAUGUUGAAUGCUGAUUAGGGGCGGCUCAACCCUUUAGGAGAAAAGGCAGUCGCCUAAGACCCCAAAAUUUGAGGGGCCUAUUUUUGUUUAGUAAUAAUAAAUUAUAAAUUUUAAGAAAUAUAUUAAAUACUAUUUAUAGAAAAAAGAAAAAUUUUAUAUAAAAAAAGUAAAACGCAAGGCCUUCGUUUGAUUUUUGCCUUAGGCCAUAAAUUUGCUUGAGCCGCCCCUGAUGCUGAUGAUGUCAUUCUAUGCUUGAUAAAAAAAUAAAAAAAUAAAAAAGUUACUUACAUUCGGCUGACAAAAUAUUUCAUGUA